AUGCAACAGGAAUCUAAAGCCAUUGGACUCGCUAUCCUCGAGAAAAUCGGAUAUGACGCAAAAGAUGUCGCAGACAUUGUCAAUGACGUCGACAUAACUGGAACCAACACUCCCUUCAUACCAUCUCCCUUCAAAGUCGCUGAAUUGAUCACUGGACUGGACGUUGCUAUCUCAGCCCUCGCCAACCUGAUUUCAAAAGAUCGCCUGGGACAUACCCAGAAAACUGCAAUCAAUAUUGAUCAUGCUGCAUUGUCGAUUACGAAUCAUUUCAUAAACAAUGCUGAUGAUGAGAGGUUUGAGACACUGUUGCCAAAGUUGCAGGCUGCUAGUGCUGCUGAUCCAGCCUUGGUAAUUAGAGGCCGUUGGGCCAACCACUGGAACACGUGCUUCCGAUGUAGCGACAGAUGGAUUCAACUCGCUGCCCGAAUCACAGAUACACCCGAAGUAAACCUCGCUGCAAUUGGAUUCACACAACCGGAAAUCGCUCAGCUUCUCGAAUGGUGUUUAAAUGCUGACGAGAGAUAUUUACGAACAGUUGAGGCCAAGUUCCUUGAAUGGAAGGCAUACGAACUUGAAGCAGUCUUGUCGAAACUGAAUGCAUGUUGUGCUAUUGUGCCUCGCUCGUAUGAUGAGUUUAUGCAGUCUGAACAUGGCAAACUAAGUAGUACCUGGGCUCCCGUCCAAUUAGUGCCUCAACAGCCGUCUGUGAAUGGUGCGUGGCAACCUGUGCCAUGGCAGACCUUAACGAAUCCUGCCAAACAAGGACUGCUGCAUGGGAUUAAAAUUGUUGAGUUGACUAGGAUGGUUAUGGGACCGGUUGCUGGAUAUAUGAGCCAUACUAUGGGUGCUAAUGUGAUCAAAGUGUCCUUGCCGGCUCUUGAUGAAGGCUUCUACGGCAAAAGAUGUGUCUUCGUUGAUCUUCGCUCCAAAGAAGGGCGUGAUACAAUUCGAAAACUAAUCCAAGAGGCUGACGUGUUUUUGGAAAACAAUGCUUUUGGAGCCAUGGAUCGAUCUGGUCUUGGUCCCAAAGACGUAUUCGAUAUGGUCAAGGAUCGUAAAAAGGGAUUGAUUUACGUACGAGGCAAUGCAGCGGGCUUUGAAGGGCCUUACAAGACAGCUCCCGGAUUUGACCACCUAGCUCAAUCUCUCUGCGGAAUGAUGACUGCACAUGGGGCUUAUCACAAAUUCACUGGAUCGUCAACCGAGCAUCGACCACAAUACAUUCCCUUCCAAAUCCUCGACAACACCACUGGCCAUCUCCUCUAUCUUGGCAUGCUGGACGCCCUCAGAGCACGAGCUACGAAGGGUGGAUCCUACAUAGUGCAAUCCUCUCUGCUACAAGGUGGUCUCCUCCUCCAAUCAUUCGGACAACACGACGCAGCAACCAUCGAACGUGCAUGGUCCAAGUACGAACCACAGGCAUCCGAAUCCUCAUUCAGUGAAAUCUAUGGAGCCGGAUCAUUCAGCUACUCGAUCAAGUUCCAGGACAAGCUGUUCAGGGAGGGGCACCCAGCUUCGUUUAACCCGGCCUUCUUUUAUAAAAUUAAGAAUUGUUAUUGGCCUAGUAUCAAGUAUCCUAAUGGAGGGUGUACGAUGUUGAUGGGAAGUCCGGUUAUUAAGAUGGAUGAAACGCCAUUGUAUUAUCGGCUUGGGACUAGGCCGUUUGGGUAUGAUACCGUGACCGAGUUUUUGCCGAUGGACCUUGUUGGUGAUAUGGUAUCACUUGGUCUGGAUUCAGAUGGUGUGGCUCUAUACACGAUGGACCGAUCUAAGUUAGAUGGUGGCCAACACCCAUCGCACCAACAGAGCCUCGUAGCCAGCAAGUUAUAA